AUGGAAGGAAUCGGGGAGCACCAUACCGAAUUAGUCGACUCUCCGGAUGGGAAUUGCGGAGACCUCGGUGAUGCAACCGAAACUGUCAUUAUCAACAUCACCAGACGGCACAAUAACAAUAAUAACCAUCACCACCACCAUCACAACAAUAAUAAUAAUAAUAAUAACAAUAACUACAACAACAAUCACCAGCAGUACGAAGCGACCCGCGGCGGCGUCAUCAGUAACUCGGGAGUUGGGACAGAAAGUGGGGGAGAAAGUGGAAACUCUGGUAUGUCGUCCUCGGCAUCACAAAGUCCGGACAUCGGGUGCGCGAGCAUCCCUCUGGAACUACUCGCGGGCGGCGCGCUCGGCGUCAAGGAGGAAAGAGACCUCGCGGGCGCUGAGGAUUUGUCUUCGUCGCAGGAGCCACCGGGUAGGCCUCACGCGAGGGAGAGUCUGUCGGUGAUAGUGCCGCCCCAGGACGUCGACUGUGAUUCUCGGGACGGUGACUCGGAGUUGUUGAGUCCGGGGAAGUUGACGCCGACAUCCGGCAUAAGUGUUUCCGUCGCGAGCAUGAUUGACGCGACGGACUUCAGGUCGAUGCAGCCGGAGCCGACCUACCAGACGCUGACCUCAGUUGCUGAGAGGAUGUCGCCUCCAGGAUUUUCACCGGGGUCCUCCUACGCAACCCUGACUCCGCUCCAGCCCCUUCCGCCGAUUUCUACCAUGAGUGACAAGUUUGUGUACGGCGGACACGCGGCCGGCGGAGUCUCCGGGAGCUUCGCGGUCAUGCAGAACAACGGCCUCGGGAACAUCGGCCUCGGGAUGGGCAGCUCGCCCUACACCUACGACAAGCUCCCGCCGAUGGGGAUGUCUCCGCCGCACAACUACCCAUCGCCGGGAGCUGGACUCCAGCCGAGUCCUCUGUCUCCUCAGAGCGCGUACAGCCAAAGCGGACUCAAUUCUCCGCACAAAUCCGCGAGUCCGCACUACGAGCCGGCUUUUCUCCCCAGGCUCCAGCAGAGUCCAGCGGCUCUUAGUCCACCCUCGCCUCCGGUUUCGGCGGCCACCAGUUUUGCUCCCUCGCAUCACUCGCCUCCGACGCUGACGGUUCCCGCGGCCUCGCCGCCGCCGAUCCAGCAACAGCAGAUCCAGCAGCAGCAGCAGCAGCAGCAGAAUAUCCAGCAGACGAUAUCUCACAGUCAUGUCCAGCACACUUCUGUGGUGAUGAAAACGGUCUCAGCCGCUGGAAAUGGAGCUACUGAGGUCGAAGAGAUCAACACCAAGGAACUCGCUCAGAGGAUCAGUGCUGAGUUGAAGCGCUACAGUAUUCCCCAGGCUAUUUUUGCUCAGAGGGUGCUGUGUCGCAGUCAGGGAACUCUUAGUGAUCUUCUCAGGAAUCCAAAACCCUGGUCCAAGCUCAAGAGCGGCAGGGAAACUUUCAGGAGGAUGUGGAAGUGGCUUCAGGAGCCAGAGUUUCAGAGAAUGUCGGCUUUAAGGAUCGCAGUUUGUAGCCAAGUUGUGCUUUACCUCCACCUCCUACAACAACUCCUCCACCUCAACCUCCGCUCCCACAUCCACAUCCACAACCACCCUCUUUCUCCAACUCAAACUCCACGUCAUCCUCCAGCACUAGCAGCACCUUGGCCCUCCUCGCCUCCCUUUCCUGCUGCUACUCCAGCUACCGCUGCUGCUACCUUGGCUUUUGUGAGGUGA